AUGGAACAUCUGAGCUCUUCUGUAUCAUACUAUUGUCCAAAAGAUGCUAUUCCUCUCACCACCCAGUCCGAAAACGACAAUGCCACGACAAUCGAUCACCAACGCCGCCAUCCAGAACUCAUCCUCGUCCUCAGCUGGAUGGGUGCCCGAGACGUCCACAUAGCAAAAUACAUUGCCCAACACCGCGCCCUCUUUCCCUCGUCCCGAAUUCUUCUCAUCCGCUCCCCCGCAUCGCACGUCUUUUGGCCAAGCCUCGCUCGGAGACAUAUCCCGCCGGCAAUCCGAAUCCUCAGACAAUUUACAGAGCCAGAGGCAAAGGCCACGAAUAGCAGCAGCAGGCCCAGGGUCUUGUUACAUAUCCUCUCCAACGGCGGCGUCAGCACAGCCGCAAGAAUCCGAGAACUCCUGAGAAAGGAGCUCGGCAGCGACAGCGCCGGCAACAAGCUCGUCAUCCCUCGAUAUGCCCUCUGUCUGGAUUCAUGUCCAGGCAAUUUCGUCUGGAAAAGCACCCACAAGGCGCUCCUCCAGUCUCUGCCUCGCUGGACCUCCCCGUUGGUGCACUUUGUCAUUGCCGUCGCCUGGCUGAUAUACAAGCUUCGCCUUACCCGGCCUGCUCAGAAUCUCAAUGCCGAAGCCUUGCGAAGAGGAAGCCUGCUCCCCCGAGAAACACAGAGAACCUAUCUAUACGGAACGGCAGACGCCAUCAUCGACUGGCGCCAGGUCGAACAUCAUGCGAAAAGGGCGGAAGAAUCUGGCUUCAAGGUGCGGAAGGAGAGGUUUGAAGGCGGGGAGCAUGUGUCACUCGUGAGGAAAGAGAGUCAAAGAUAUUGGCAAGUAGUAAAGGAGACGUGGCAUGAGGCCGAACUCGAGGCCGAAAAGUCUGACCAGGCGUGA